GCAGGAGGCUCCAGAUAGGGAAGCCUGUGGGCGCCAAUCUAGGAGACCAAACCCCACUUGCUGCAAUCGGCCAACCCAACCCCCUCCGCAAGUCUUUUCUCCUCGGGGGUACCCUCGUGCAGCCGCGGGAGCCAAGCGGGGACGCGAAGGAGCCCCUGGGGAAGCGCGCGGGCAAGUUCGGACCCGCGGGAGAUCACGCAGAAGUCUACGCCCGGAACCGCUGCCUCCGAACAGUCGCGGGAUCGCCGCCUCAGAGUGAGCCACUCGGCCCAAGGACCAACUCAGCCCGGGCUCUCUGGGUCAGGAGACGCUCUGCAGGCCCGCGAGCUUGUUCACUCAACUCGGCCCACGGUCGCCCUCGGGCUUUGCAGACAUGACGGCCACGGCCGAUGUUGGCUUCGUGAAGGAGGCUUCUCGGCAGAUCCUGGCCGGCGGUUCCGCUGGUCUUGUAGAAAUUUGCCUGAUGCACCCCCUCGAUGUGGUGAAAACCAGGUUCCAGAUUCAGAGAAGUUCAACUGAUCCAAACAGUUAUAAAAGCUUAGGAGACAGCUUUCAAACAAUUUUCCGAAGAGAAGGGCUACUUGGUUUUUACAAGGGAAUUCUACCACCAAUAUUGGCUGAAACACCAAAAAGAGCAGUGAAGUUUUUCACCUUUGAGCAGUAUAAGAAAUUGCUAGGAUAUGUGUCACUGUCACCAGCAUUGACAUUUGCCAUUGCUGGACUGGGAUCUGGACUAACAGAAGCCAUCGUGGUUAACCCUUUUGAGGUAGUAAAAGUUGGCUUGCAAGCCAAUCGGAACAAAUUUGCAGAGCAACCAUCCACUAUGAGUUAUGCAAGACACAUCAUUAAGAAGGAAGGCUUGGGACUUCGGGGCCUCAACAAAGGAUUUACAGCAACUUUGGGACGUCAUGGAGUUUUCAACAUGGUUUAUUUUGGCUUCUACUUCAACGUUAAAAACGUUGUCCCUAUCAAUAAGGAUCCAACCUUGGAGUUUUUAAGAAAAUUUGGGAUUGGUCUUCUCUCAGGCACAAUAGCCUCAGUCAUUAACAUCCCUUUUGAUGUUGCCAAAAGUAGGAUUCAAGGGCCUCAGCCAGUUCCUGGAGAGAUCAAGUACAGAACCUGUUUUGAAACAAUGGCAACAGUCUAUCAGGAAGAAGGGAUUCUAGCUUUGUACAAAGGCCUGCUCCCCAAGAUAAUGAGGCUUGGACCAGGUGGUGCGGUGAUGCUGCUGGUUUAUGAAUACACCUAUUCAUGGCUUCAGGAGAACUGGUAAUACCUUGCAGGUAAUUCUUUCUCUCCUGUGAGAGAAGCCAUGAAAUUGCAUCUUUAACCUCUCCGUGUGGAUGGGAUGCAAAAGGAUCUCUGAAGGAUGCAUUUUCCAAUUAAAAAACACUUCUACCCCCUAAGAAACAGCGGAAAUGUGUCAACAUUAAUCAAUAAUAAUAAUGUUUAAAAAUCAAACAAUCUCAGCCUCAUAUCCCAUCCCAUCGUCCUUCUCUUAUUUUUAAAAUUAGCUUUAAACCAUAAUUGCUUUGAAUAGCAAAUUGUAUUUGGGGUUUCUGUUGUUUUUUAAAAUUUUCAUGUGAAUUCACUGUUGCUAAGAAAAUACCUAGAGGGGAAAGAAGAAAAGAAAACAAGAAGACUUUGAUAUCAUUAAUAUUAGAUUUUUAAAACACACAAGAACCAGAAAAAUUAUAAAUAGCAUAACAAGAGAUUUCUUAAUUUAGAUAAAGAAAAUAACAUUUAGUUAUGUUUCCAUACAAACAAUUGAUAGCUUUUUAAAGACUCCUAAUAGCCACCUAAAAACAUCUGAUAAGGAAUAAUUCUGUACCUUAUGCCAGUUUUCCCGGACAGCAGGAGAGUCCCUGUAUGGUAUGGUUUUAAAGUCUCCACCAAGAUAUUGGAUUGGUAUCUUUGUUUCAUUUGGUUUAUAGUCUAUUUUCUCACCAGACUAGGAACUCCAGAUGUCAAUAGGAGUUAUACAAGAUCAAAGGAAGACUAUGGCCCUGAGAGUUCAUCUGCUCCUUCUGCUUAUUCUUCUCCUAAAGUUAUUAUCCUCUGCUUGUAGCACUGAAUUUCAGUUGCUUUAGAAAUAAAUGCAGUUCAAAGCUCUCUAUAAG